GGGUGAUCGUGUCUUGUGUUUUCUAUUUUUAACGGUUUGUUGAUAAUAAAUGUACAUACACGCCGGCUAUUGUGGCGAAACUGUGUGAACUCUUGUGUUUAUUUGGUGGAUGUUGAUUGAAAAGUGGCUCGUUAAAGAUGACGACGCAACCAGAAGUCGGUGUGUCCGAUUUCGUCCUUCUGGACAAUUUGACUACGGACAACUUCAUUGAAAAUUUGCAACUGAGAUUCCAACACAACAAAAUAUACACAUACAUUGGCGAGGUGCUAGUGUCCGUCAACCCGUACAAGACCCUCGACAUCUAUGGCCAGCAACACAUGGCGGAGUAUAGGGGGAGGGAGAUGUUCGAAGUUCCCCCGCACGUGUACGCAGUCGCUGAUGCCUGCCAAAGAGUUCUACGACAACAGGGCAGAGACACAUGCGUGCUCAUAUCGGGUGAAUCGGGGGCGGGGAAAACGGAGGCCUCCAAGUUUAUCAUGAAGUACAUCGCCGCCAACACCAUGCAGGUACACAGGGAAUAUAUUGACAGAGUAAAAAACGUCUUAAUUCAAUCGAAUUCAAUUCUGGAGACGUUCGGAAAUGCCAAGACAAAUCGAAAUGACAACUCGUCCAGAUUCGGCAAAUAUAUGGACAUCCACUUCGACUACAAGGGAGAUCCUGUGGGGGGUCAUAUCAGUAAUUAUCUCCUGGAGAAGAGUCGGGUUGUCAACCUGCAACCGGGUGAAAGGAACUUCCAUGCUUUUUAUCAGCUUCUCAGCACGAAUACAACGCAUGCGAAGAAAUUUGCCCUCAACUCAAGUUCGGUGUACAAGAUCCUGGGCAACGAACGAGCGACCGCACAGGACUCUAGGCUCUAUAACGUUACGAAUAGUGCUUUUAAUGCAUUGGGCUUUCCACCUGCCGUCGUGGAUAAUAUUUGGAGUAUUGUAGCUGGAGUUAUUUUACUGGGCGAGCUGUCGCUGGGCGAGGACGGCGCGGGCCGCGUGUCGGUGGGCGGCCCGCUGCGCCAGUGCGCGGGCGCGCUGGGCGUGGCGGAGCAGGCGCUGACGGCGGCGCUGGCGGGCCGCAUCCUGGCGGCCGGCGGGGACCUCGUCAGCAAGGAGCACUCGCAGUCCGACGCCGACUACACGCGCCUGGCGCUGGCCAAGGCCGCCUACGACAGGCUCUUCACGUGGAUCGUGCAGCAGAUCAACAAAAAAAUCGAAGCGCCAGAGAACACGUACAAAAGCUCACUAAUCGGCGUGCUAGAUAUAUACGGCUUCGAGAUCUUCGACACGAACAGCUUCGAACAGUUCUGCAUCAACUACUGUAACGAGAAGUUGCAGCAACUAUUCAUUGAGCUGGUAUUAAAACAAGAACAGGAGGAAUACGCCCGCGAGGGUAUCCAGUGGACUCCCGUGCAGUACUUUAAUAACAGGAUCAUCUGUGAGCUGGUGGACGCGCCGCACCAGGGCAUCAUCGCCAUCAUGGACGAGGCUUGCUUGAACCCUACCAAGAUAUCUGAUGCACAAUUGCUGGAGGCGAUGGACAAGAGGCUAAAUGGACACAAACACUACACGUCCCGUCAACUCUGUCCGACAGAUAAGAAACUCAAACAUGGCGUCGAUUUUCGGAUAACGCACUACGCGGGAGACGUGACGUACGCCGUGACGGGCUUCAUGGACAAGAACAAGGACUCGCUGUGGCAGGACCUCAAGCGCCUGCUGCACGCCUCGAGCAACGACGCGCUGCGGGACAUGUGGCCCGAGGGGGCGGCGCGCCUGCAGCAGACGUCGAAGCGCCCCCCGUCCGCGGCCAGCCUGUUCCGCAGCUCCAUGUCGGCGCUGGUGGCCGGCCUCACCAGCAAGGAGCCGUUCUACGUGCGCUGCGUGAAGCCGAACCCCGUGCAGUCGCCCAACAUGUGGGACGAGCAGCUGGUGCGGCACCAGGUGGCCUACCUGGGGCUGGUGGAGAACGUGCGCGUGCGGCGCGCCGGGUUCGCGUCCCGCCAGCGCUACGACCGCUUCCUGCAGCGCUACAAGAUGCUGUCGCAGUACACGUGGCCCAACUUCCGCGGCGCGGGCGCGCGCGACGCCGUGGCCGUGCUGCUGCGCGACCUGCAGCUGGCCGACGUGCAGUUCGGCCACACCAAGCUGUUCAUCCGCAGCGCGCGCACCGUGCACGCGCUGGAGGCGGCGCGCGCCGACCUCGUGCCGUCCAUCGUCGUGCUGCUGCAGAAGCUGUGGCGCGGCACGCUGGCGCGCAUCAAGUACCGCAAGAUGAAGGCCGCCAUCGUCAUCUACAACGCUUGGAAACGCUACCGCUUCCGCCGCUACAUCGGGUCGCUCCAGAGCGAGCUGCAGCGCAACCGCGGCGUGAUACGGCGCUGGCCCCCCGGUGGCGGCCGCGCGGCCCCCAUGCUGCAGGGGGCCUACCGUCGCUGGCGCGCGUACCUCACGCUGCGCGCCGUGCCCUGCGAGCAGUGGCCGCAGCUGAAGCUCAAGAUCUGCGCCGCCAGCGCGCUGCGCUCGCGUCGCCCGCAGUGGGGCGCCACCCGCGAGUGGAGGGGAGACUAUCUGGCUCUCGACUCGUAUAAUAACAAAGCUGCGACAUACCGAUCAGCGAUGUCGAAUCUCCAACGAUCGCAGAACAUCGGCAAGGCGCUCUUCUCGUGCAAGAUCCACAAGUUCAACCGCUACAACAAGCUGGCCGAGAGAUGUCUGCUCAUAACGGAAUCAGCGAUAUACAAACUGGACGCUAAUUCCUUUAAGCCUUUGAAGAAACCCACUCCGAUCACAGAGGUUGGAGCAGUGCGCGUGAUGAGUAGCGAAGCGCAGCUUGUGGUUAUCAGUGUGCCGUCGGCGCGCAACGACUUGGUGGUGGGGGUGGUACCACCGACGCCCGAGCCCCCCACUGCCGCGGCAGACUUGCUCGGCGAGCUGAUCGGCGUGCUGGCGCAUCGCUACAAUCUGCUGUCGGGCGCGGAGCUGGCGCUGGAGGUGGAGAGCGGCGCCACGACGCGCUGCACGCUGGGCGGCAAGGCGCGCGCGCUGCAGCUGCCCGCGCCCGCGCCGGCAGCGCCCGCACCCGCGGCGCCCGCGCCCGCGCCCUUCACGCACGCGCACAACGUCAUCACGUACCACCCCGCCUCCGCGCGCGCCUAGCCGCCCCCCGACGGUCCGAGACGCUCGCCGAGGUCAACGAGGGGCAUUCGGAGCAGUCGUGCCACAUGUUUAUCCGUACUAUGUGAUAUAUUUAGGUAAAUAUUUGUGCAGUAUUAAGUUUGUGAACUAGUUUCAGUCAAUAUUGUUCAUAUAUAAACGUUGAAAACAAUUUAACGUUUAAGUUUAUCCUGAUGUAUAUUACGAUAUUAUACAUUUUGAUGCACAAAAAGAGUUAGGAAUGUGUGACGGUCUAUGCCCACUCACCCAUUACUCUCCGAGGAAACCGUUAAAGUUCUGCCAACUUAAAAAAACGAACAUAUUUAUUUAUGGUUUUAAUAGUCAUACAAAAAUUGUAAUUCAAUUAUAAUUCUAUGAUAUGUGAAUGCAUAAAAUACUUACAAUCAAAAUAACAUAACUGACAUUUGAAGCGGAUGAUCGUCUUAAAAGUGAAACAAAUUACACAAAUUGGAUUUUAUUUAAAAACGAUUGUGAUUAUGAAUUUUUUUGACAUUGUAUCCGCUGAAACGAUGCGAUUGUACGAAAUAAACUAUUUUGUACUUUAAAUGAUAUAUUUUGUAAUUUAUUGCGAAUGUUUUAAAUAGUACUUAAAAUUUUAAACGUCCAAUUUGUGAAGAUUUUUAAACGUAUUCAUAAUAACAAUUUUACUGAUAAGUAAUUUUUAUCAUCACAAUAUUUAAAAUAAUUUAAAAGUUAAACUUGGCGUUUUAUUUUUUUUAUAAAAUAUAAUAUUAAUGUAAUUUUAAUAAUGUUAUUUAGAUAUUGAAUUAGAAUUAAUUUAUUACAUAAAAAUAAAUAAGGUUUGUCAGUUCUGGCUAGGUUGAAAAAAAAAAUGCUGUAAUGGUCCGUGCAAAGCCAGUGUUUCGCGGAGUAAUAUUGACAAAAUUCAUAUUAAAACCUAUUUAUAGUUUAAAAAUUACAGUAUUUAUUUUUUUAAGGCUUAAGAGGCAAAUUGUACUACAAUUGAUUUACUGUACAUAUUAAUUAGCAUGCAAUUGCCAUUUAAGUGUAUAAAAAAAAACUUUAAAACACACCGUGAAACAUUAAAUUAAUUUUUUAUUUAAAUAAUUUAUAAUGUUUUGAUUUCUUUCAUAUAUAAAAACAGUAAUGUCUCUGUUUACAUAACGUAAAUGUUCUGUUUAUUAAUAGGUAAUACAAUAAUUGUGACAGAAGGAAGAGGUAUAUAUUUAUGUGUAAUGUAUGUACAUAUGUAUAGCCUAUUACAACCAUAGGUGAUUACAGACAUACAACCAACAUUAACAAUUAAUUGACUCGAUAUCAUUGGACGAGAUCUUCAAUAAUAAUCUAUGAUGUUCGAGGAAAUAUAAGUAAAAUUAAAAUGUUUAAGUGUAAUACUGUUGUGUUAUAAGUAAAUAUAUAUUAAACGAGUACUGUUUUCAAUGUAUAUAAUAUAGCAGAGCUAUUAGCAAGUCGCAUGGAAUAUGGAAAUGUAAUGCUCCUUUAUCUUUAUACCUUUGGUUGGAAUAGGCUGUAGUUAAAAAAAUAUUUAUCAACGAUUUACUAAGUUUGAACAUAUUUUAUCUGUAAGGAAUCGAACACAUCUGCGCGAUAGUUCGAAUGAAUUUAAGACUUGAAAGUGCAACGAAGUUCAAUCUGUGUGAUAUCUUAAAAGCGUUAUAGGCUUUUGUUAAAUUAUCUUGUAAUUGCUCGAAAAUUAAAUUUUAUUAUAAUUUAUAUUUUGCUCGCUUCUCUCGAACGCAGGUGUGUCCGUUCCUUAACUAUUAUAAUAAUUAUAAUGUUUGAUGUUAUUAAAUGUUAAAGUAUUACAAUGUGAUACAAAACAUCACCAAUAGUUCAAUAAUAAUAAAUAGAUGUCUUUUAAACUUUUUGUCUACACACUGUAUAUUUUACUUGACAUAGUUAUAAAAUUUAUAAAAAAUAGAUUUUAUUAAAAUGAUUAAAUUUUAGUAUUUAUAAAUUUUAUACUGCACUUUAGAAUUAGUUAAAUUCUUAUACAAUAUGCCAUAUUAAUAUCUACUUCAAGGACAAAUAAAGGUCAUUUUUGCUUAUCAAAAAUUUGAUUGAAAAUAAUGAGAAAUAUUAAAGAUUUACUUUUAUAAUAACAUAUUGUCACAUAUAACAUAACAUUAAAACAAUAUGUUUACAGUAUCGAAACUAAAAAUACUGUCACCCGGGACAACAUCUUAGUACAUCUUAGUUUCCAAGGUUGGUGGCGCAUUGGGGAUGUGGUUAUAUUUCUUACAUUGCCAAUGUCUAUAGUUGGUGACCACUUACCAUAAAAUGGCCCAUUUGUCAGCCUGCCUACCUAUUUGAAAUUACAAUACUUAUAAAAAAGUGGAUACUGACCAACAGCAUGCGUAUAUUUCACCAGAGUUCAUCGUAAGCGUUUCUGUUUAUUUUCACCUGAGAUUAGAAUCGCUUUAGUCGAAAUACUCCUCUGGUUAGUACCUGGCAUUGUACAUAAUGUUCACGAAUAUAUAUAUGUUGCCUUAUACGCGAAUAUCUGAACCCUUCUUUAACGUUAUUAAGGACUGUCCUUUAAAUUUAAUAUUUUGACAAUAAACCGCCUUAUAAACGUUUAGAUAAUGAUUGAACAAUGCUUUGUCUUCUUCAUUCGAAUGUCAAAUUAAUAAUGAUAGAAAGAGAGAAAUAAAUAAACAGCCGUUAAUAAACGUUUAUAAGUAAGAUCGAAAGUGUAUGAAGAUUAUUUACAAAUAUUUGUUUAAUUAAUAUGAGAUUUUACAUUUUAAAACUGUAAAAGUCACGUUUUCUUAAUUUUUUAAUUCAAAUAAUAAAAUUUUGUUUGUACUAUUUUUUUUUUCAAUAUAUAUAAUUUUGAUAUUGGAAAUGGUCUUAAUAUAAUAAAAUUACAAUUUAUAUUAUGUAUUUUUAAAACUAUUUUAUUGUCCAUUAAAGUCAAUGAAAUUUAACAAAAUAUAAUAAUGUUUUAAAUAUUAAUGAAAUUGUUUCAACACUGACGAUUUUUUGGUUGUUUAAAAUUGUACAAAUUUCAAACUAAAUGAUUCAUAGUCAAUAAUAUUGUAAGUAUGUAGAACAACGAUGUUAGAGUUAUUUAAUUUGUAUAUAAUUGUUAUGUUAUGUUUAGUGAUAACUGUAAGACGUGCCUUCGUAUGGUGCCAUGAGGUUUGUAAUAAAGGCAAUAUUUACA